AUGGCACCAGAUCUCAGCAAACUUGGAGUAGAAAUUAACCCUGAACUGGACAAAGAGCAUGUGAAGAACCUACAGGCAUCAGAGACCUUCCCUCUAAGACUGGGAAUGAGGCCAAGAAAUUUAUUCUCCAAUUUUCAACAUGGCACUUGUGAUGAGGAACCAUCAGAAGUGUUGGGCCCCUUUGUGAACCCAGAACCUCAGACAAGCAAUGAACAAGAUGAACAAGACCUCGACGAUUCAGAAGUCUCACAGCCAGAAAUGUUAUGGAGGGACCUGAAAGAGCUGACUAUCAGCCCCAGUGCCAAGAAGCCUCCUCAUCAGUCUGUACAUCGUCACCAUCGUCACCGUGACAUCAUCUCAACAAGGAUAAAACCAAAACCGGUUGAGAACAAAAGUGAAACAAUCUUGAGAAAGGUCCAAAGUGCCUUUCCCAGGAGACAAGUCCGCACAUUGCUGUCUGCGAAAGAUCCUGUAGCAAGGAUGAAAAGAUUUAUUCGGACUGAGAAGAAGCUAAAAAGUCGUAAUGGUGUGCAUGAAGGUGAACCAUUCAGAUGCCUCUGCACUUUCUGCCUGUAUCAAGGAUGGGACCCUUCUGAGAAUGCUAAAAUAGGGCAAGAUUAGGACAGUCAAUUCAGGGCUACAUUGUAUACUGCCCUUAUCUGCUGAUAGUGCCAUGCAGCAGAUUAAACUGCACAGC